AGAAAUUAGUGCUUGCUGGCUCAAAGCGACAGUCCGCACAGCAGUUCAGUCCGCACCCUGCCAUGGGGAAUACCUUGGCCACGGACACCAUCCCGGUGCUGUGCACUAUGGUAGAUGUGCACAAUCCGAGGGCGCAGGACAUGUUCUACUUCUGCAAUGUGAGCAGCGGCGGUGCGGCGACCAAAGUCAUCGGGCGCUCCCAGACUUUGAGCGUCGAGGUCGGUAUCACCACAGUCUUGACCUUCACGGUCUACGAGUGCCCAGAACCUGUGUUUACCCCUGAGACCGCUCGUUGUUUGGGCCUGCUGCGGGUGCCUAUCGAACGCCUUGCGGAGCGCUACUCCUCCGGCAUCUUCCAACAGUGGUUCAACUUGGACACCAAGACUGACCCACGCAUGCCGGCGGGCGAUCUGCAGUCCUUGGUGAGCGGCUUUGAGCAGGCCUACGCCGACGCAGUCGGCGACGUGUACCAGCCGAAGAUUUGCGUGUCCAUCAUCGGCACUGCUUUCGAGGUGCAGAGAGGCACACGACAGACGUGCUCCAUUUUCGUUGGGGAGGAUGUGAAGACGCAGGCAGGGCCUGACCUGAAAGCACUGAUUGCUUCACACAAGCAGCAGGCUGCCUACAUCGACGCCUUGCAUGAGGAGAUCCGUCGAUUCAAUGUGCCCAGCUACCGGCCUUUGGCUGCCAGCCAGGGAAUGGAGGGAAUGAGUGGCAUGAUGAGCAAGCCUCCGACGAUGCCGAUGCAGAAUGCUCCGGGCGGCUACGGCUUCAACCCCGUGUCCUCCAAUCUGGCUCCGGCCUAGGAGGAGCUGUCGAUCUGCAAGCCUUUGAAGAGGUACACUACCCAACAUUUCCGCACGACCGGAUCUCGAUUCAUACUUGCCGAGAAGGCAUGAUGGCAGAGAAGAGGGAA